AUGGCGCCAACUCCGGUAGCAUUGGUCGCGCCUUCAGGAGUCACACCCAACUUUUCACAGCCAAAAGAUGUCCUACAUACCGUCAACUACGUAAUACAGUCAAUAUGUCUGUUCUUGGUCACUGUAAUGGUUGUUGUGAGGGUGUACACCCGGGUUAUGGUACAGAAAGUUAUGUACAAAGAAGAUUGGGCUUGUAUCGUAUCGUGGUGCUUCUGCGUCCUAUACAUCACAGAUAAUUUCCUGUUCAAUGUAUUUGGCGGAGGAUAUCACCAGUGGGAUGUCAGCCCGCAAGAUGCCAUCGACUUCCAGAAGGUAUCCUAUGGUGGCCUCUUAGUCUACGGUCCAACAGCAUUCUUCAUAAAAGUCACCAUCCUCCUCUUCUUCGCCCGCCUCUAUGAAGCAGCAUUCAAAACCACCCUCGGAAUCAAGAUCUUGAUUCUGCUCAUGCUAGGUUUCUACGUACCCAUGGGAUUCGCGAAGGUUUUCAUUUGCAGCCCUAUUGCAGCGUACUGGGACGCUGCAGGUUAUCCGGAUGCCACUUGCUUGGAUGUCAAGACUCUCUACUUGGCGGACACGACGGUUAGUGUGAUUACAGACUUUGCUGUCCUAACUACACCAGUACCACUGAUUUGGGGAAUGAAUCUCCCUAAGGUUAAGAAGCUGAGAGUUAUUGCAUCGCUGGCUGCUGGAGGUAUAGCAUGCGUGGCGACGGUGGCGCGGCUGGUGCUGCUGGCUAUGAUUAUUGAUUCACAUGACGUGACUCUGAAUACUGUUGCUCUGAACUUACUCGCGAUUGCCGAAGUAUCGAUCGGACUCAUCUGCGCGUGCCUCCCAUCCCUCGUCGUAUUCUGUAAACACAUCUCCAAGACAUGCUCCCAAGAGAAAGUAAAGAAGUCGGAUCAUAAUAUCCAGAUGGUUAACGUUGGAUCUAGUGGCAAGCCGAUAAUAAGGAAGGGGACAUUUGAUGAUAGCAUGUUGAGGUGGACGUAUGUCGAGGUCGAGGCAGAUUCCUGA